AUGAAUGCUUUUCUGUCUGCGCAGGCCAAAGGUACCAAAUGCAACAGCAAACAGCAGAGAGAAUUCAUAGUCUGGCAGCUGAUUUCAGAUGGUGUGGCCUUGGUCUACCUGUCUAGACGUGAUAACUCCAUCCUCUCCGGCGACAUGAGCUCCCGUGACCGCUCUCGCGGACAUCCGACUGGUGCUUCACCACGGCAGGACCGCCGCGGCGGCGGAGAGAUGCGUAACGGUUCGGGCCCAAUGAACCCACCAUCCGGAUCUUCAAGGGCAGAGAAGUUCGAGGAUGAAAAGAGGAGGAUCAUCCAGAGCUGCUUUUCGAAGAAGGACUCUGACGGGUCGACACUUGAGUCGUAUAUCACGCAUAUUCGUAUAACGGAAGAUGCAGCCUAUCCAUCAGCACCGCCUCCAACUACCUCCCCGCCAGAGAAUAAGAAACCGAGAGCGAUUAUUGUCUCCGUACGAAAGUCAGGCCGGGUUCGAAUGCACAAGUCGAGAGAGAACAGUGACGGUUCAUUUUCGAUAGGGAAGACAUGGACGCUAGACGAUCUCUCACGUAUCCAGAUAUACGACCACCUGACUCCUUCGAGCCAGAUUGAACAACAGCAGAAGUCAUGGGCGGCGGACCUAGGAUUUAUCGUCACCAUCACAAAGCCGUAUUACUGGACUGCAGCGACAUCUAAGGAGCGGGAUUUCUUCAUUGGCAGCCUUGUGAAGAUAUACAAGAAAUAUACCGGCGGAAAGGUCCCGGAUCUCGUUGGACUGGAACCGCGCGAGAAAGAAGCCUUGGUCGGGAGUUUGCCAUUAUCUUCUCAGCCUCCUCCACAGUCGCAAUCGCAAUCUCAAUCUCAACCGCCACCACAGCCGCAAACAAGGGGCCAGGAUCCCAGGCUGAUGCUCGGUAAAGAUCCUCGUUCUCGAUCACCGUCAACAGGACCAAACCGUUCCCAAUCCCCAUAUUCAAGUCUACCUCCUAGCCGCGAUGGCCCGCCGGAAGCACGGAAACAGCCGUCCAGGGAGCAGUUUCUACAAAGCAAGCCUAGUCAGGACCAAAUGCCCCGCGCUCCGCCUCCCACAAGUUUGCUGCCUCGCAUACCAGGUGAUAAUAGUAGUAAUCCGCUCUCAAGACCCCCGCCUCAAACACCACCCGUAGAGCAGCUAUCAAAGAAAUUUACAGAAGCUCCUUCAACUGAAAACCUCGUGCCAUCACCGGUAACUUCAGAGCAUCCACAAAUUCUGCCAAACAGAACAUAUAAGCCCAUGCCUCUAUCACCCGUGUCGGAUGGAGGUUUACUACCAAAUAAAACAUAUACCCCAAUGCCGGCUCCGGCUCUAUCACCCAAGUCAGAGGACAGGCCGCAAGCAUACGGUCAGAGCAAACAGCAGCCCAGCCCCGAUAGUGGUGAUAUAUCUCCCUUUAGCAAGCCGGUACGAACACGGCCGUCAACCAGUGAAUCCUCGUUGCCGGCUUCGUUGCGGCCAGCGUUUGACAGAUCCCCUAGCUACGACCAGAAGAGCGUAAGGAGCGUAAGGAGUAAUGAUGGUGAUAAUGGUGAUGAUGAUAGACAUAAAGGGCCUCCACCUUCUCGCGAGCCCCCUAAGGUCGAAUUUCCUCCUGUGGCUAGGGAUAUAUCACAACCUGAUCCGCCAAAAGUAAGGCCACCCUCAAUCAACGGUGAGAUUGAUUCGGCAUUGGAAAAAGAAGUGACAGAGCAAGUUGCUCCCGAGCCGCCUAGCGAACCACUCUUGAAGACCGAGUCUUCUCCCGAGCAAUCAAAGCUGCCAGUUCUAAGCACUCCGCCUGCAGUGGCAAGCAGCAUCUCCCUUCCUGAACCCGAACCCCAACCCGGGCCUGAACCCACACCCGAAGCUGAAACCCAUCGGCCUGAAACCCAUCGGCCCGGACUAGGCCCUAUGAUGAAAAGCAAAGGUGGUGCAAAGGAUGUGGCCAAUGUGCUUCGUAAGGCAGCAAAUGCAUACAACGCCUUCAAGCCUAGGGCUGGCGGUGCAGGUGAGCGCCUCCUGGCAGCCAAGGAGAAGGAAAAGCCCGAGGGCCCGGAUGGAAUUACAAGCGUCGUCCCUGCGCCGUUACUGAGAGGCAUCAGUGCAGAGAAUGCGGCCAAGCCAUCUUCUACGGAGCCACCAAAGGUACAGGUGACAGACUCCAGCACCGGGAAAGAAGUCUCGUUUGAUAAACCCUCCGAGCCCUUGGCCCCGAAGAAAAAGAAGAUGAAACAACCUGAUGAACAACCGCGGGAAGACAAUGCUAAAAAGUCCUGCAGUGCACUCGGUAUCGACUCGGCCGUGCUCGGUGGCCGGGGCGUGGAGUUUGACUGGCUCCUGACCGACCUUGGCUGGGACGGCAGACUGGCGAAGGACAAGGGCAUCGAGGCACUGGAGGCGGACAUCCGACGGGAGAUAGGCCGUGUACAGGCCAGCAGCUGGCUAAGCCAGAUUCAGUCCUCUCAUGACGGAAGAGUCGACCAGCUGGCCAAGCUCUUUGACCGAGCAAUGGAGGAGUGCGAUGAGCUGGAUGGCCUGCUCACCUUGUACUCUCAUGAACUCGACACCCUCUCCGAGGAUGUCCACUACAUAGAAUCUCAGGGCCAGGGACUACAGACCCGCCUCGCGAACCAGCGGCUUCUCCAGUCAGAGCUCCAGGCCAGGAUCAAGUCAAAAAGUGGCUCCCGAUGA